AUGUCCGAUAAAGCAAGCAAUUACAAACAGACCAAUCUUGUUCAUGAGAAGCGCCCUCGGCAUCAUUUUGAGAACCAAAUUCAUCAAAUUGAACCUUUGAGGCUUGUCAAAGCUAAACAAGAGGGGAGCUCUGCGUUGGCCACUACGUUGAUCAAGACGGCGUCACCAUGGGCCACCUACAAGAAAAUCUACAAGCAAAUUCUGGGAGACGGUGACCUUGUCCUAGUUGCCGAAAAAAGAGGAAUAUCUGGCGACGUUGUUGACAUUCGCCGCUUUUUGGAGUUGUCUACGGAACAAAUCAAGAUGCUACAGUCGAUUCAACACCCGAACAUCGUCACAGUGCAUGAAAUCUAUAGCAACAAGACGAACCACCACAUUGUCUACGAGCAUAUGCCACGAUCGCUUCAAGAAGCCGUUGGAAAUCCUUAUCUCAAUCGUCAGCGCCUGGCAGCAAUUGUAGGGCAGGUGGUUGAGGCGCUGGUUUAUCUUGAGAAAAUGGGACUGCAGCACGGCCAUCUUAGCUGCUCCUGUAUUCUGCUCCACCCCAGUGGAUAUGCGAAGGAGGGUGUCAACCUAAGGCUUGACGAUCCAGAGCACUGGGACUCGGAUGUCGUAGGCUUUCUUUCAGCGACAACAUCUGCAUCGUCUGCGAACGAGUUGAGCCAGGUCGGUCUCACUCCAUUUUGUUUCGAAGCAGCUGCUAAUAUGCACACAGCAUUCGUUCUUACGUUCUUGGCAUAA